UUUCACAGACUCGAAGGAGAGCGUCAAUGGACGAAAUGCCCAACUUCACUCGUUUCACGCCGGAUCAGCAAUGCUCCCCACACAUCGCAAGGAGUAACGGGCGCGAGCUCUCUGAGGAUGCUGUUUUCCAACGCAUUCCUCGUACGCUUACCCCUCCGCAAACACCUCGAUCGUUCGCCAUCGAAGACGAGUUUUCUUUGACAACCAAGCUGCGUCCCUGGCGUAAACCGUUGGAUAAGCCGAAGCGCCCACUGAGCGCGUACAAUCUAUUUUUCCAACUAGCGAGACAGCGACUUAUUUCGGAUACACCGAGCAACCUUCCCUUUACGGCAAAGGAUGUUGAACUUAUCAGUAUGAAGCACAAACAAAAAAAGGAAAAACGUCGUCAUCGUAAGACACAUGGUAAAAUUAGCUUUGCCGAUCUUGCGCGGUCGAUUGCCUCGCAAUGGAAAGAACUGAGCGACGACGACAAAGUGAUCUUCGAAGAACGCGCAGAAAUGGAAAAAUGUCGUUACAAGCAAGAGUUAAGCGAGUGGAGCGCGAAGCAAGAGCCAAGCGCGGAACGAAAGGCGGCCAUGUUGCGCAAGGUGUCUCUCAAACAAGGCUCAAGCUUUUCAAUGGCUACGACUGCGGAACAACUAUCGAGCACCAGCAGAGCUCCUGAUCACGGAAACCCCAUCCGCUCUACCAAUUCUUUUGGAAUUUCCAGUCCACCACAACGGCCUCCGUACGAUUUGGACAUGUACACAGCAAGCCACGAGGCAGCGAUACAGGAAGAAGCAUCGCUUAACGCACUCAUCGCACACCAAGGUCAAUCGCUGGCUCGCUAUCAAGCCAUGAUGGAGCAGCAAAUGGACCAACAUGCUUCCAUGCACCCGAUGUCUUCUAUGCGGGGACUUCCCUCUAGCAAUUACAACGAUCGUCUCCAUCGCAAUUCAUAUAGACCAGCCCAUCCUAAUCCGAUGAACGGCACAUUCGGGAGCGGAGGCAAAACUAACCUUCACUAUAAUGAUGGGACGCCUGAUUGCUACGACAUGGCUCAGCAAUGCUACAGUAUGGCUCACCGACAGCAGCAGCAAAACUGCAGGCACUAUUCUAAACAACAACGACAUGGACCGCCGCCCAGUGAUAUGCACUCCGGGAUACCGAGUAACACAACCGAAGUCAUGCUAGCGCGUGCGAGAACUACAAUGCAACCACACAUGGCACCGUCGAGCUCUGACAGCUACUGGACCAUGGACCGGUCGACCGAACACCGUCGACUCAUACCACCAAACUCUGCAGGCUAUCGGCAUUCGCGCUCGGCGCAGGAUGAGAGCACGCUAAUGUUGGACCCGCAUCAAGGUCUUUCGUCGCCGCUAUUGGGGACAGCGGACGAACACCUGGAUCCGUUUGCGAACGUGUACAUCUGA